AUGGAGAACAAUCAGAUUACUAUGUUCAGGUCACUUAAUGCUCAUUCCACCAACUAUACCAUCAAAGCUAAGAUCAUAUCUAUGUGGGAUAAAAAAAUGAAUGGUUAUGAUAACCAGAUCUAUCGUGUUGACAUGUUGUUAAUGGAUGAAGAGGGUGCCUUCAUUCAAUGUAGCUGUUUACAUAAGCUUUUCAAACGGUUCCUUAAGUUUUUGGUAGUUGAUGACUGUUUAUUGAUUCAUAAACCAUCUCUAGCCAAAGAUACAACCAAGAUUAAGGUUACCGGAAAAGAUCAGAAGCUAUCUUUUUAUGCUUUCACGUCUGUUCUGAAAACUGAUAACUGGUCUGGUCCUCGGUACUUAUUUAAAUUCACUGAUUUUAAAUCUGUGUUGAGUAAAAAAAUUGAAGUGAAUACACCAAUAGAUUUCAUCGGUUAUUUGGUUGUCUCAUAUCCUAUUGAAGAUGCAAAUAGGAAGGAUGGAUCUAAAACAAAACGAAUGAGCAUUACCUUAAAGGAUCUCGAUGAUCAGAAGAUUAGUGUAACGUUGUGGGAAAAUUAUGCAAUCACUUUGUCAAACUACAUGAAUGACAAAAACCGACCUGCUCAUGUGGUUAUACUUGUCCAUUUUGGAACAGUUAACAUAUAUCAAGGUAAAGUUGGCCUGACUAACAUGUUUGAAGCAAGUCGUGUCUUCAUAAAUGAGAUCAAAGAAUUCAAAGACAGGUAUCUUGAGAAGGAGUUAUCUAAACCAUCUUCAAGUAAACAGUCAUGCUCACAAGUGAUAUUGAAUACAGAAGAUGAGUUUCUAAAUGCUGAAGAUUUUGUUUUAACCUGUUUUAUUGCUUCAAUUGAUGUGGAGAAAAAGGUUACAUUGUUGAAGCAAAUUGAAGAGAAAUCUGAGUUGGUUGAAAGAGAUGAUGGCAGCUUUGACGUGUUGGAUGACAAGUCGUUUGAGUGUAUAAACCCAGAUUGUGAUGCUGUUGACAUUGUUCCUGUUCAUCGAUACAAGAUACCUCUGAGGGUUCAGGAUUCCACUGGAACCAUUUCCUGUACUUUGUUUGAUUAUGAAGCUAUUAAGCUUUUGAAAAAAACCUCGAAAGAACUGCUAGAUAUCUACUCGAAGGUUGAAAACUAUGGAAUUUCAAUGUUAUCUUCCGAUGAGGAUCUACUUUCUGCUCUGGAGAAAAAAUGGAAAGUUAAUGAGUCUGACGUGUCUGAGUCAAAUGUUCAAUGUUUGUCCGAUUCAGUUGGUAAUGUCAAAGGUUUAGGGAAGGAAUCUCAAUCUGUGAUGGGUGACAGCGUUACGCCAGAUCCUAUAGAUGGUAGUGAUCAAGAUCCGACGAAGUUCGAAAACAUUAAACGUAACCUGGAACAUGGUUGUAAAACAAGACAAACUUAUUACUUUGACGGUUAUUAUUGCUUGAUAAUUGAUAUUGUUUUUUUGGAAAUGCUCCAAGACCAAGGUUUGUUCAUUUCUUCGUCUGUUUUGAUGGAGUUGUGGCCGCGUGAACUCAUUGAACUUUAUGGACUUCAUGAUCAACAUGCAAGUGAAGAAAAUGUAAACGUUAUAGAGGAGAUGGUGGUUAUUGAAAAUGGUGAACGUACUAUUUAUCAAUUUGAUGCAACACAGAAACAGGAUGAUUAA